AUGGACGGGAGUCUGGGAGAGAUGUCGCUGCACGGCCACACCGAGCUUCACUCGCGGGACCUCUCGGCCGCCUUCCCCCGGCCCCCCUUGGGCGGCGCCGGGCCUCCUCUGGAAGCCGAGCCGCGGGCGCCUCCGCCGACCUUCGAGCACUCCAUGUCGGCGCUGGGCUACAGCGGCGACUCCCCGUCGGCGUCGGGGAGCACCUACACCACCCUGACCCCCUUACAGCCCUUCGACGACAAGUUCCACCACCAUCAUCAUCAUCACCACCCCUGUCUCCCCGUCAGCAAUGUCAUCGGGAGUUUCACGCUGAUGCGCGAGGAUCGCGGCGGCGCCACCGGCGCCGGCCUCCCCGCCAACUUCUACAACCCUUACGCCAAAGAUCUCGCCAUGACGCCGCCCUCCUCGGGUUUGGGCUCCAUGCACGGCUACGGGAGUCCCAACAGCGGGGGCGGCGGACAGAUGCUCCACGGCGGUUACGACGUCCACGGCGGGAGCCUCUUCUGCAGGACCUCGGAGUUUGGGCGGGAGAUGUCGCCCCCGGGAUUGGGCGCCGGCGACAUGGCCAUGGGGCACCAGCUGAACAAAAUGGACGGGGCGGCCCACCACCCUCACAUCUACAGCCAGCACUACCAGGCCCACCACCAUCACCACCACCACCACCCCGGCCAGCAGGCCGCCAAGAUCGUGGACCACCUGCAUUCCCUCUCAUCUUCCCAGGGGGACGGCGGCCUGGGUGGCAGCUCCCCAGGGGGCGGGGGCGGCGGCGGCGAGGAGAUCAACACCCGAGACGUGGCGCAGAGGAUCAUCACGGAGCUGAAGCGCUACAGCAUCCCGCAGGCCAUCUUUGCCGAGCGGGUCCUGUGCCGCUCGCAAGGGACGCUCUCGGACCUCUUGAGGAACCCCAAACCCUGGGCCAAGCUCAAGUCCGGACGCGAGACCUUCAAGAGGAUGUCCCGGUGGCUGCAGGAGCCCGAGUUCCAGAGAAUGGCCUCGCUUCGGCUGGAGGCUUGCAAGAGGAAGGAGCAAGAGCAGAGUAAGCUGGAGCGGAACCAGGGGCCCAAGCGUACCCGGCUGGUGUUCACCGACCUCCAACGCCGCACGCUGCUGGCCAUCUUCCGGGAGAACCACCGGCCCACCAAGGACUUGCAGGUGACCAUUUCGCAGCAGCUGGGCUUGGAGCUCUCCACCGUCAGCAACUUCUUCAUGAACGCACGCCGCCGCAACGUCAACAAGUGGAGCGACGAGGGCCGCCCGUCCUCCACCGGGUCCUCGGGAUCCAGCGCCUCGUCCUCGGCCGUGUCCUGCGCUACGGCCUGA